UUCUCUUAUCCACAGAAAAAAUUAUGACAUCAACAUCCAAAGGCAUUCUUCGUCCAUUCCUAAUCGUCUGUGUUAUCCUGGCCUGCUUCAUGGCAUGUCUGCUUAUUUACAUCAAGCCCACCAACAGCUGGGUGUUCAGUCCAAUGGAGUCUGCCAGUUCUGUGCUGAAAAUGAAAAAUUUCUUCUCCACAAAAACUGAUUAUUUUAAUGAAACCACUAUUCUUGUUUGGGUGUGGCCAUUUGGGCAGACCUUUGACCUUACAUCCUGCCAAGCGAUGUUCAACAUCCAAGGGUGCCAUCUCACUACAGACCGCUCACUGUACAACAAAUCCCAUGCGGUCCUGAUACACCACAGAGACAUCAGCUGGGAUCUGACUAAUUUACCUCAGCAGGCUAGGCCGCCCUUUCAGAAAUGGAUUUGGAUGAACCUAGAGUCUCCCACUCAUACCCCCCAAAAGAGUGGCAUUGAGCAUUUGUUCAACCUGACUCUAACAUAUCGCCGUGAUUCAGAUAUCCAAGUGCCUUAUGGCUUCUUGCCAUUUAGCACAAAUCCCUUUGUGUUUGAAGUGCCAAGCAAAGAGAAGCUGGUGUGCUGGGUUGUGAGUAACUGGAAUCCGGAGCAUGCCAGGGUCAAGUAUUAUAAUGAGCUCAGCAAGAGUAUUGAAAUCCAUACCUAUGGGCAAGCCUUUGGAGAAUACGUGAAUGAAAAAAAUCUAAUUCCCACCAUAUCUACUUGUAAAUUUUAUCUUUCUUUUGAAAACUCAAUUCACAAAGAUUACAUCACCGAAAAGCUCUACAAUGCAUUUUUGGCUGGCUCAGUACCUGUUGUUCUGGGACCAUCCAGGGAAAACUAUGAGAAUUAUAUUCCAGCGGAUUCAUUCAUUCAUGUGGAAGAUUAUAACUCUCCCAGUGAGUUGGCAAAAUAUCUUAAGGAAGUUGACAAAAACAAUAAGUUGUACCUUAGUUAUUUCAACUGGAGGAAGGAUUUCACUGUAAACCUCCCACGAUUUUGGGAAUCACAUGCAUGCCUGGCUUGUGAUCACGUAAAAAGGCACCAAGAGUAUAAGUCUGUGGGUAAUUUAGAGAAAUGGUUUUGGAAUUAAUGUUUCCCUCAUUUUCAAAUUUAAGGAAAUGUAUUAACAUGACAUCAUAUAAGUUGUAAGGAUAAGAAGAGAAACACCUUGCUUUCAAAUCACAGUUUAUUUUAAUUGCCCUCCCUUGAGUAACAUGUAUAUUUUGAUGGAAAAUUUUUAAGAGCUCAGAAUUAGCAAUCACUUCAUUUGGAUUAAAUUAUCCUGUAUAUACGUGAUAAUGAGCACUGAAAAUAAUUUAUUCUCCACUCUCAUUUGUAAACAUUCUUUUUUCACAUCUUAUAGUUGUCUGUAAAGUAAGUUUAUGAUUCAAUUGUUUCUACAUCAAUCAGAUCUUUAGUCUGUUUGGGAAAUGGAAAUGGGUGUCCUAAAAUAUGAAAGCUUUUUGCAAAGUAUUAUAAUGUUUAGAUUCUAGUUUGCAUAAUGGUAACAAAGAAGUAUUAGAGUAUCACUUAAUUCUUAACCUCUUUGAGUUCAGAGUUGACACUGUGUGUAAUUGAUGUACUUUUUAACUGUUUACCACAUUUGUGAAGACAGACUUAUUCAUGUAGUAAAUAAGAAAGAUAUGAAGCAGAAAUGUUAUUAGACAUCACAUUAAUUUUCAUUAAGUCAUUUUGCAAAUGAAGACUCUCAAUGUUUUAAGUUAAAGUAUCCAAGAAUUUUGAGACAUACAAUUUUAUAUGAUAUUCUUAAUGCCUAAAAUAACACCUAAGAGAAGCUUUGAUUAUCCCAUUCAAAUCUUGAACAUAGUCAUUGUUGUAAAAAUAAACGAUUUCCUCAUAUAACAAGAAAAGUGAUAUCUACAAGUAUAAAUGAAAUAUAUAAAUUGUACCAUUUACAUAAUUUUAAUUACAUCAUCCAUUUGAAGUAUUUUUCCAAAACAUCCAUAUUUAAAAGCUUUAUUUUUCCAUAUUUGAUAAUGAAUAGAUAUAAAACUUGAAAUGUCUAUUCUUUCAUUAAAAUAAAACUAAACAGAAUUAU